GCCGCGGAGGAUGGCGCUCGAGGCACUGCGCUUGGGGCUGUUGCUCCUGGUCUGCUGGGACUCGGCAGCCUCUUUGAACACUCAAUUUGCUCACCCUUCAGAAUACAGAACACCAAACUGCAAUCAGUAUAAAUUACCAGGAUGUCCCAGGGACUUUAGCCCUGUGUGUGGAAGUGACAUGUCCACGUAUCCCAAUGAGUGUACUCUGUGCAUGAAAAUCAGGGAAGAUGGUCAUGAUAUUAAAAUAAUCCAAAGUGGACCAUGCUGA